AUGGCUGCAGCCUAUCCCAGCCACCAGGCCCUCACAGCUCGUCUGACUGUGAGUCCCAGCAGCCUCCAGCUGUUUGAAGGAGACUUUCUGUCUCUGCGCUGCGUGGAGGACGACAGCUCUGCUGGAUGGACUCUGAGGAGAAACACUAGUAAAAAGCGAAUGACUCCGUGUGGAGAUGGGUGGGGGCAAGCAACUGCUUCUGCCUGCAAGAUCACCUAUAUCUUAACACAGGACAGUGGAGAUUACUGGUGCGAGUUCAGAGAGGGAGAAACCAGCAGCACCCUCACCCUGAGAGUCACUGGUGGAUCAGUGAUCCUGCAGAGUCCUGUCCUCCCUGUGAUGGAGGGAGAUGACGUCACUCUGCUCUGUAAAACAAAGACCACUCCCUCCAACCUCCCAGCUGCUUUCUAUAAAGAUGGAGUCUUCAUCGGGAAAGAGCCUACAGGUCACAUGACCAUCCAGCAUGUUUCCAGGUCUGAUGAAGGCCUCUACAAGUGUGACAUCAGCGGUCAUGGAGAGUCUCCAUCCAGCUGGAUCACUGUCACAGAGAAACACACCACCAAACCUACUGGAGCCUGUAUUCUUCUCACCGUGUUGUUGACUGUUGCAUCAUGUUCAUCACUGUUUGUUGAGAUUAAGAUUGUGUAG